GCCCCGCGUCCCCUCCCUGCCGGCAGAGGCAAGCUGCCAGAGCCUGGCGCCACCUCCGCUCAGGGCCUGGGGGGUUAACGCUAACGAGGGAAAGCAAGAGUGCAGCUGUGACCUGCCUCGCUGCCCCAACAUGCCCCCGCUCUCCCAGGACCCCAGUGCCCUCCCCCAGCAAGCUGCCGUCCCGCGCAGGCACAGCAGUCACAGAGGCUGAGGGAGCGACUCCCAGGUCGGCCAGGCCUAGCUGCGCACCCGCCAGGGGGACCAACAUGGCCUCGCGGGCGCCCGUGGGGGAGUGUGCGGCUGCCCACGCCGCCCUGGGCAGGGUCACCGCCAGGCACCGGCAGCUAGCGCUGCUCCUGGGCAGCGCGGCCGACUGCGCUCAGCUGAGGGAGGAGCUGCAGGAGAGGGGCAAGGAGGCCCAGGAGCUCGGCACGGGCUUGCGGCAGCAGCUGGAGGCUGGGCUGCGGCCCGUGCCUGGCCCCGAGGAGCAGCUGGAGCUCGAGCGCCUGUGGGUGCAGCUGCUGUCGGCGCUGGAGCUCUUCCAGCAGGACCUGCGCCGAGCCCAUCACCUCAGCCAGCUCUUCCCCCUGCAGGGCCGCGGGCCACAGCCGCUCCGCACAGGCAUCGCCGGCCGGGGCGGCGCUGGGGCCGCGCGGAGCUGGCGACGGGCGAGCCGCAAGGGCGGCAGGAUCCUGGGCGCAGAGCAGGCAGGCGCGGGCCCCGGCCUGGAGGAGCGCGUGGCGCAGGUGGGGGCCAUGCUGACGGAGAUGGAGACCAGCCUCAACAUCCCUGUCUGGACUGUGGAGGCCACGGAGGCGGCCUGGGCCGAGCGCAGCUCCGCUGCUGAGGCAGAGGCAGAGGGGGUGGGCGGUGAGAUGCCAGGCGGGAUGGAGGCGCCCGGGCACUGCUGCACCGUGUCCUGACCAGGUGCAGGGAGUGGGGCUCUGGUGCCCCCCAGGAGGGGGGGUCCCGGUGCGGGGCAGGCCCAGGCCCACGGGGCGGGAAGGAGCCAGCCCGGCGCCUGGGUGCAGGAAAGGCCGAGGGAGCAAUAAACGGCUCCGUCCUGCCGCCCGUGUUCGGUGCGUUGGAACCAGCCGCCCCGCGGCGUCCUGGUGCCCAGGCGAGCUAACCUGCCCCGAGCGCCCCCCAGCCUGGACCCUCCCCGGGGGCUGGAGCAGACCAGGC